UUCUUCACGCCUCGUCCAAUCACAGAUGAGGAUGUUGGGUUUUGACAGCCGGCUCAAACAUGGCAGCUCUCUGUGCAGCACACUGUUAAGGUUGUUGUGAAUUUGAACAAUUGUUUAAAAAACCAACAAAACAUGCUUGGCCUGACGUUAAAGGAGGUAUCUCUGGCGUUCAGGGAGGGGAAAAUCUCCCCAACGGAGCUCUGCAGGAAAUGUCUGAAUCGCAUCAAGAAAACCUGGCACCUUAACGCUUACAUCACUGUGACAGAGGAGCUGUCCCUGAAGCAGGCCGAGCAGUCGGAAGCCCGGCUGCUGCAAGGUGUUCCCAGAGGCCCCCUGGAUGGAAUCCCCUUUGCAGUCAAGGACAACUUCUGCACUGAGAAUAUCAAGACCACAUGUGCUUCCAGGAUGCUUAAAAACUACGCUCCGCUGUACAACGCCACCGUGGUGCAGAAGCUCCUCGACCAGGGAGCCGUUCUCAUGGGCAAAACCAACAUGGACGAGUUUGCAAUGGGUUCAGGCAGUACUGACGGGGCUUUCGGUCCAGUCAGGAACCCCUGGAGCUACGCUGCUUCCUACAGGGGGCAUAGGGAGACGGCGGCAGACUCCGACUGGGUCAUCGCUGGAGGAAGUUCAGGUGGAAGCGCCGCAGCUGUCGCUUCACUCACCAGCUACCUGGCUUUGGGGUCAGACACGGGCGGGUCGACGCGUAACCCCGGAGCGCUGUGUGGUGUUGUGGCCCUGAAGCCCACGUACGGCCUCCUGUCCAGACACGGUCUCAUCCCACUGGUCAACUCCAUGGACGUCCCAGGAAUAAUGACGCGCUGCGUCAGCGAUGCAUCUGUCGUCUUAGGUGUCCUCCAAGGACUCGAUGUGAGAGACUCCACCACAGUUCCUGCCCCUUCAUCACAAAUGGAGCUCCCUGAAGACUUGGACGUCAGGAAUAUCUGCGUCGGCAUCCCAGAGGAAUACCAUGCCCCCGGUCUGUCCGAGGAGAUAUUGGCGCAGUGGAGUCGUGUGGCAGACAUGUUUGAGAGGGCGGGGGCUCGGGUGGAGCGAGUGUCCCUCCCACAUACCCAGUACUCCAUCGUCUGUUACCACGUUCUAUGCCACGCUGAAGUGGCAUCCAACAUGGCCCGAUUCGAUGGACUUGAGUACGGCCACCGGAGCGAGAUGGACAACUCCACUGAGGUCAUGUACUCUACAACUCGACACGAGGGCUUCAACGAUGUGGUCAGAGGGAGGAUACUGUCCGGAAACUACUUCCUGCUUCAACAGAACUACCAGCACUACUUUGUAAAGGCCCAGCAGGUCCGCCGGCUGAUCGCGGAUGAUUUCAGGCGCGUGUUUGGCUCAGGAGUCGAUUUGCUGCUGACGCCCACCACCCUAACGGAUGCGGCCUGCUUCCACGACUUUACACAAGAAGACAACCGCACACGCAGUGCACAGGAAGACGUCUUCACCCAGCCUGCAAACAUGGCAGGUCUGCCCGCCGUCUCCGUCCCAGUGGCAUUAUCAAGGCGGGGCCUUCCCAUUGGCCUGCAGCUGAUUGGCCCGGCCCUGAAGGACAAGCAGCUGCUCAGUGUGGCUCGGUGGGUGGAGAAGAGGGUUGGAUUCCCCUCCAUCAGCGACUGUGAUGAGCCACGGGAGAGCAGGAGUGAUUUAGGAAUGACCGAGAGGGAGCAGACUUCAGCUGUAUGAGGAGCGCUGUAGAUACAAGAAACCCACUACGCGCUUUUAUUUUGUAAAAAGGAUUUUCUUUGUGCUGUUGUAUCUACCAGUCUGAAGACAAAACAGCUUUAGGGAUAAAUAAUGAAUAAUGACAACCCUGAGAUGUGUCAUCACAUCCUGUUGUUUUUCAUGUGCAAAAUGAUGCAAGUUGUACUUGUUUUUCUUUUCAGUUCAUCUUCAUAUUUAAUUUUACUGCAGUGUAAAUGCUUGUCCUGACUGUUUAUGUUUUAAUGAAUACUGGGAAACUGCUUUUUUAUAUAAACGAACAUAAGCCAAUAUUCAAUUCUUGUUUCAUAUAAAAUCAUUUCAGUUUGUUCUUUUGAUAAUUACAACCUUUUGGUUUUUGUGGCAAAGUGCAACAUCAAGUAGCUGUUUUCAGCAGGUGUAGAAUUCUUAGUUUCUUUUAGUACAACCCUGCAGCUUUGGUUCUGGUUCGGGGGCUGGGUUUCUGUUCUGUUCCGGGUCCAUGAACGAAGACCAGGUUUGUUGUUUUACAGUGUACUCAUGAGAUGGAUAGCCACACUGCAAAAACUCCUCCAGAAAUAAGUCUAAUCUUCCUAAAUCUAGUCUAAAUGCUUUAUAUUCAGCAAAAUACCCCUGCCGAUGGGGUCAGAAAAACCGGCUUGACUAAUUCUUAAAACUGUCAAAACAGUCCUGUAGACAAAACCAAGACUAAUUGUCUUGAAACAAGGCUUUUUUUUUUUCUUCACUUUUUAGAAAUUAUUUUUUUUAGUGUACAGUA